AAUGGCUUAGCGCCGUUCCUUUAUUGUCUGCGUAUCAAAAACCAAGAACGUACCAUCGGUGAGAGAGUGGGCUGCUGCACUCACACAUGGAAGCUUUCACGGUAGCUGACAAUUCCGUUGAGCUGGAAGCCAAGCGCAAAGAGGACUCCUCUUGGCACCCUUGUCGAGUUUCUCUAAGCUCUUCUGGAGAUAGUCUGAUAGUAAAUUUCGGGAGCCAGGAGUUGGACGAUAUGCUUUUGCAGAAGGAAGAAGUUCUUAUGCAUCUUCGCUUUCGUUCUAUGCCUCUUCAAGUUGAUGACUGUUUCCACAUUGAAGAAGGUGAACGUGUUCUUGCCAACUGCAAGUCGCAAUUCACGAUCCUCUUCCAUGAUGCUGUGGUGGAAAAGGUGGACAGAGUACGGCACUCGAAAAGGGGCUGUAGAUGCACUUUCAUGAUCAAAUGGCUUGAUCAAGACCUCAAAGGACAAACCUUGACCUUGCCAUCAAGCUCAAUCAUGAAACUUGCGACCAAAAGUAUCAGUGCCCAUCCAAUUAUCAAUAAACUCUUAAAACCAGAAAAACACACAGGUUUAUCAUAUUCAUCUCCUUUAUUGACCAUUCUUGAGGGAACAGAUUCUGAAAUAGACCUUAAUAAGUUGCUGCAAAAGCAAAUAGAACAGAUUAGCAAUUUAGCUGAUGCAUCUAAGAAAGAUUUUCCACAGGAUAUUCCGUGGAGAAACAAAGGUGUUAACAACGGACAAUCACCUCACAAACCUACUGCUGAAUCCAAUGCAUGUGUUCAAGUUGUUGCUGAUCACCAUAAUCAUUUGAAGAGAACAACUCGGAGUACAAGGAAACUGCUAAUAAAUAUAGAAGCCAAGAAUCAAUCAGGCCAUACUCUAUCCAUGAAAGAAGCUUUCAUACAAAGUAGGUCUCAUCUAAGCCCUCUAGCUUCACGUGCAGCUCUAGCAUCAUCCCUGUUAAGUGCUAAGAAGUGUCUUGAUAUGGAUUUUAGUUCCUCUAUGACUGCGAGCAUGUUUAUGAAGGGUAAAGAUUCCUCAGAUAUAUUGGCUAUUUCCAUUCCACUUGUUUCAGAAGCUUCCCAUGCGAUAUCACCACACAUUUCAACCCAUGGGGAUGCUUCAUGUGAGCCUCAACCUACUAAACCUUCCUCUUGUAUACCAACUAAGGUUUGGGAAAAUGAAAAUAAGACCUCAGAUGAAAUUAACUGUAAUGCUGAACAGAGGACCUUUUCUCCCGCAAAAAUUACUGUUGAAAGUGUUACAUCAGGAGUUGCUAGUUGUACUACUGAGCUUCCAAUUUCUAGAGCUAAAAUGUCCUUGGUACAUGCAAAUUUUAAUGCAAGUUCUACAGCUCCUAUAAGACUAACUCGCUCAGCAACACGGAAAGGGGCUGUGAUUCCAAAUGAUUAUGUCCAGGUGAAGAUCUGCAUUAAUGACACAAAGAGAAGGAUGCCUGGGAAUAAAAACCAGUUAAGUCAUUCAGCAGAUUCCCGGGGAAAUGAAACUUUGGCCAAUGAAGAGGAGAACAACUCAACCCAUAUUAUAGAUUCAGAUUCAUCUGAAGGAAACAUUGCUGCUCCUGAUCAGAGCAAUGUGGCCACAAUGAAAAGCACAACAUCAGAAAAGAUGAAAGCUGCCUUUACACCAUGUAAUCCUGAGAUUCAUAUCCUUACCAAGGAAGGCAAUAAAAGCUGGAUUGUACACAUGUUGUGCAAAGAUAUGGACAGUGGUAGGAGUAAUCAAGGCCAGAAGAGAAAAGCAGUUCAUCCUAUUAAGCAAGACCGGCGAUUUUCUCCUCGAAAUUUUCUACCUCGUACUCGCUCCCAGAAUAAGGCCCAUCCUGGGAAGUAUAGAGGAGCCAUUAGCAGUUAAUACUUAAAAAACUUAUAUUUCUAGCUCCAAGUGUAGCAGACAUCAACUAUCAACUAUCUAGUAAAAGUUAAUUGCUCUAUAGAUUGUAAAGAAGGUUGAGAAUUAUAUGAAGAUGCUGCAGACUAGCUUGCUUGUUAAA